UAUUUUACACUUUCAAGCUAACUCUUGUGUCUUUAGGUGCGCAAACAGAACGUGUCACAUUCCACCCGAGUCGCUUUUGACCUGCAAGCAUCAGCAAAGAGCUGCAGAAAACAGAGAGGGAGGCGCGCGAACGUAUAGAUGAGAAGAAAAAGCUCGUUCCUCCUUCGCCAUCAUCUUUAAUUGCAGAACAGGUUCUCGUCUGCCCCCGAAGGUUGUCACAAUAUGAAAUAGCGAGGAUCACAGCGGGAUCAAACUCAUGUAAGUUACAUGAGCAGGCUAAGAUCUUCAAAGAGAGAGAGAAAUAAGUAAGUCAUUAAGGAUUUUCUGGAAGAAGAAAACUUCAGCGCGAUGCUGACGUAGGGGGAGUUUUUUUCUUUUAAAGGACCGAAAGCUGGUAGUAAAAAUAAAUAAAUAAAUUAAAAAAAAAAGGAAGUGCCUCUUUUCUGCCUCCUCCUCUUGUGCAAAGGAGAGGUGGAGGGUGGGGGUCGAGCUGCAAGGGGAGAGGAGGGUGGAUUGGAUUCCUCAGGUGUUUGCCAGCUCGGCUGCAGUCAUGGCCGGGAGCUCAGAGAAAGUACCGAUUGCGUCGGCGGGACCCGAGGACGUGCAUCAGUUCAUGCCUCCGGCUUACUCCGCAGUGGCGGUCAAACCCGCCGCCACCGGCCGCCUCCUGAAGGCAGGAGUGGCGGUGCUCAUAGCUGGAGCUGUGCUGCUGCUGCUGGGGGCCGUGGGGGCUUUCUACUUCUGGAACAACAACGAAAAACACGUCUACAACGUCCACUACAGCAUGAGCAUCAACGGCAAAGUGGAGGACGGCUCGAUGGAGAUCGACACAGCCAACAACAUGGAGCGGUUCAGCACCAGCAGCGGGGCGGAGGAGGCGGUGGAGGUCCACGACUUUGAGAUUGGGAUUACAGGGAUCCGGUUUGCGGGAGGAGAGAAGUGUUACAUCAAGACUCAGGUGAAAGCUCAUCUACCUGAUUUGGCGGCCUUGGACAAAGACUCGCUGACCUUUGACCUGGAGGAUGAAGUGAUGCCGGCAAAGUUCGAGGACGAUCUGAUCUGGGUGUCGGCUGAUGCUCCUCUUUCUGACUCCGCCUUCCUCAGCGACAAAAUCAAGGAUCUGUGUGAAGACCUGCCAAUCUUCUGGCUCCGCCCCACCUACUCAAGUAGCAGCCAGAGGAAGAGGAGAGCCGCACCUCAGCGCCGCCAGGCACCGGAAGACUACGAGGAUGUGGAGGCAGAGUUCAACCCGGAGAACCCCUAUCAGCGGAAUCUGGAGGGCGAGGCCGGAACCAUGGACAUGGACCCCAUGUUGGAUCACCAGGGCAUUUGCUGCAACGAGUGCCGCCGCAGCUACCCCCACUGCGUGCGGGUGUGCGAGCCGCUGAGGGGCUACGAGCCGUACCCGUACCACUACCGCGGCUGCAGGACGGUCUGCAGGGUCAUCAUGCCCUGCAAGUGGUGGGUGGCUCGCAUCAUGGGGCUGGUCUAAGCGGUACGACGACGGGAGCAAGCACGCAGAACUAAAAAGAUGUUUUCAAUUUCAGAGGAUGCUUUAAAAAAAAAAGGAAACUUUAAUAGAUUUUUAUACCUCUCAACACAAAUGUUUCAUAAGCAGCUUCUAUAGUAUCUCUAUUUACUUCCUGUAAAUAUUUGUUUGCAUUCUUUCCCUUCUCUUAUAUCACGUACUGUAUACUGUACUUUAUCCUGCAUUAAAGACUUCAUCUCAAAGUGCAAUAACACCGAAUAAAACCUUUUUUUUUUAAGUGAA